AUGUCACUUGUUGGUAACUACUACGGCAGCAGUUCCGAAUCAGAAUCGUCAGACGUCGAAGCUCCAACACCAAAGCCUCAACAAACACGAAAAAGCGCAACACCGAGCGGAUCAGGGCUCGGAUCGCUAUUACCACAACCCAAAAACAACCAAGCUUCGUCGUCCUCGUCGUCAUCAAGGGCGGUCGUUUAUGUAGAUCUACCUACUUUAACGCAGGAUUCCGAUGACGAAGACGAAGAGAAAAAGCGGGCAAAACGACAAAAAUUGGCUUCUUCUUCUGGAUCAGGUGCUAAGGGCCUUGCGGCGCUUCUACCGCCACCAAAACGAUCAUUUAACUUUACAAAGCCCAAAGCAGCGAAUUCUGGGAAUAGUACAGCAGCACCUGCAUCAUCAUCUUCUUCAUCAUCCACUGCAACAGGGAGCACCAGCAGUUUUAAUGCAAAGAGAUUUACCGAAACGAAAGCCGAGCCAAAAAGUAACGAAAAAGAACAGGAUGGCCGAGAAUUGGAAUCGAAUAUCGCCGUCGAUGCAGAUGCGUUAGUAGCAGGAGACCAAGAGGAGGAUGAAGAAGACAAUAUGGAUGCUAGUCAUGCAGGACCAUUCUUCAGAUUAGGCAAGUGUAUUGACUAA